AUGAAUCUUUCAGGGACUCGGAAUGCCUUCAGACUAUUCACUAGACCGUCAUUGGCCAUACCACACAUCACAGUUCCCACGUUUGAUAAAAUUCAAGUCCCUAUCGCAUACCAGGAUUGGCCUGAGAUCAAAGCGGUGGUACUCGACAGAGACAACACCUUCGCCGUGAAGGGAAGUAUCUAUGUACACAAGCAAUACAAAGAGACAUUUGAAAGUUUAAGAAGAGCGUAUCCAGGACCUCGACUCUUAAUUGUGAGCAACUCCGUCGGUACGGACAAAUACCCGAUUAGCGAGGUUGAAUUUUUAGAGGAAGGUACGGGUGUGAAGGUUUUUCGACAUUCAAUCAAGAAGCCCGGCUGUGGCAAAGAUGUCUUUGACUACUUCAGGAGUAAUCCUGAUGUUAAUGUGACAAAGCCUAGCGAAAUUGCGGUUAUCGGCGACCGACUCUUGACUGAUGUCAUGAUGGGCAACGUCAUGGGUAUGUUGAGCAUAUGGGUCAGAGACGGUAUCAUUGUCAAAGAUGGCACGUUCAUGCGAUUGGAGAAAGGCCUACCGGCGUUCUUGGGGACAGCUGGAUUCAAAUCACCGGCGCCGUCGUAG